UCUGUGCUUCAAUUAAAGACAAUAGGCUGCAGCCAACCCGAAUGAGGUCAAAGAUUAGGCUUGGGUCGGGGUAAUAAAUUAAACAUCGGAUCCUAAAUUAUUAAUUUUCUUUGAGGAUGGAGGACCCGGAGCAUCUGUAUCUUUAAUAGUGAGGACAGAGAUGGGAGAGGCUGCGCGUUCACGGCUCCUUUUCUCGCUCCGUGGCGUCGGGAACGCGCAGUGAAUCCCACACUUAGCUGGAGAGGAAAAAAGCGCCGUCGGACGUCAACAGCAACUCACCGGGGAAAAAAAUGUUCCCUCCACCGCCCUUCAUCAACGCUGUCGACGUCUGCAAAAGUCAUGUGAAAGGAUCCACUACAUACGAGGACUCGAGUUUUUUCGGCCAUUAAACUUGUUUAAGAGGAUUGUAAACUCCGGGAAGUGAUUGAUAAGACACAGGAAUUGAAGUUAAAAUUGGAAAGGUGCAGAAAAUGGCGAGACGGCUCCUGCAGCUCCUUGCCUUGUGGACAACUGUGGUUGGCAAUGUGCAGUGCUGUCCAGAGCUCUGCAGCUGCCAGGAUAAAUUUGCCCACCAGUUUGCUGACUGUGCUUACAAAGACCUGCUGGUGGUACCAGUGGGUCUCCCCACCAAUGUUACCACUGUGAGCCUUUCUGCCAACAAGAUCAAAUUACUGAAAAGUAAAAGCUUCAUCAGUAUCACACAGGUCUCCUCUCUCUGGCUGGCCCACAAUGAGAUAGUUACAAUAGAAACCGACUCCUUGGCCCCCCUGAUCCAGCUACGCAACCUGGACAUCAGCUACAACAAAAUCGUGAACUUUCCCUGGGAGGAUCUGCACAACCUCACAGCCCUGCAGCUUCUGAAAAUGAACAACAAUGAGAUGGUGAACCUUCCAAAGGACGCCUUUUCCACUCUCAAAGACCUACGGUCGCUGCGCAUCAACAACAACAAGUUUAUCACCAUUGUGCAGGGUACCUUCAGUGCUCUCUCCUCCAUGUCUCACCUACAGAUUUUUAACAACCCCUUCACAUGCUCCUGCAGCCUGGAGUGGCUGAGGGAUUGGAUCACGACAACUAAGAUUUCCAUCCCAGAGCCAAAAUCAAUUGUAUGUGAGGCCCCUGAACACCUGAAGGGUACAAUGGUGACACUGAUUCCCAAACUGGACUGUAUGCAGUCUAACUGCCUGCACCUCAUUCCUGCCUUGGCACACGAGAACUAUGGCGGCUACGAGUGUGUUUCCAAAGAGAAAGACGACACCAAAGUGGUGAAAACGUACCAGUUUACAGAGCAAAUGAUUCCAGAUACAAAUAAAAACACUGAGACGAUCAACACCCUUUCACAAAUAAAUGAUGCAUCAGCUGUUGUGCCGCAGAAGGCUUGGAUCACCCUUGGACUUGCAGUGUUGGGGAUUUUCAGAUGGGAUUUGCAAAAAUGACUAUUUAAACUUGCAAAAACACAUCGAUAUUAGCUGCAGUGUGAGCAAUGGACAUAUUAGUCCCACAGUCCACUGGAACAGAUUUGAGAUGGUGGUUGAAGGUGAUCGUUUUGCAUCUACAGUGUGUGCACAUAUCUUAUAUUGAAGCUACUUUUGUACUCCGUUAUUUACAUAAAAGAGACUGUGUAACUUUCGGCAAUCUGUAACCACUGUUGCCCCAGUGCUAAUAAUGAGAUAAAUGCUGGCUAACACAUCAGCAAAAGUCAGAAAAUCAGCUUAAUAAUAAUCUAUUAUACUGUAGAGCAAUAUUUUGCUAAAGUUUUCUAACAUUAGCAACCAAAAGCUAUACCAACAGCUCAUAUCAGACCAAGUAAGACUGUAGCAGCAAAUCCAGUGUAAUACAUGAAGUAGUGGUGUGUUUCAUUGCUUAUGGAUUCAAUUUGUAAAAGGAAAUCCUCCUCUGAACCGUUACAAAGUCUGAAUUUUAACCAGAAAUGACUCUUUACUAUGUUUAAAAAAUACUAAGCUAAAUCAUUUAUGAUGUGAACAGUAUUUUGGUACGAUCUUUUGGGAGAUUUUUAUACUUGCAAGCAAUAUGUGUCCUUAUAAUUUCAGAAAGUAUAUUUUUGCAUAAAGUUAGCUUGAAAAGGCUACCUGAAGAAUGUAAGUGAUUAUUAUUGAUUUCCUGCUCAUUGAAAUAAUAAA